AUGUUUCAAUAUUGUUUUAGAUUUAAAAUCUCCAGAGAGGAUGAGAUAAACUUACAAGUAAAUUUACAAGGUUAUAAACGCAGCAAGCAAAUUUUUACACCAAAGCGUUACAUGGAAACAAAGAAGCGUAAAAAUCCUUUUCAAGCAAUGACAUCAGCAAGAGCCAUUGCUGGUUCAUUCUCUGAUGAAGAAGCUACGAAUAAAAAAUCAUCUCAAUAA